AUUACAGCAGAUUACCAUUUAGAACCGCAGAGAAGAAGAAGAGGAAAAGAAGAGAACAGAACAUCUCACUGGUUUAAGUGGUUUACAGGAACUGUGGCGUUAGUAGCAUGUGUCUGUUUGGAGAAGCUGAUGAACUUCUGUGUGUUCUGAGUCUGUAGCUUCAUGUUGGAUCACUGAUUGGACGUUUGGAUCAAAGAGUCAGAUAAAUGGACUGAAAUGUAACUGCUCUUCAACGGUUUCAACUGAGAGCAACUUGGAACUAGUCUGAGUAGAAUCUUCCAAACCGAGACUGUUCUGGGUCAGGAAGUGGUCUGGAUGGAGGGUUUCCAGGCAUACGGGGCGGGGAAGGCGGGCGAGGCGUUCGACCCGCUGGUGUUCUUCAGACAGCCUCAGACCGUGCUGAGGGUCGCCUGCUGGCUCUGCUCUGUCGUGAUCCUCGGCUGCAUUGCUAACGAGGGCUACGCUAACCGUCCCGAAGAGGAGGAAGAGUUCUGCAUCUUCAACCGCAACCAGCACGCCUGCAGCUACGCCAUUGCCAUAGCAACGCUGUGCUUCCUGUGCAGUAGCGGCCUCCUGGCGCUGGACGCCUAUUUCCCUCAGAUCACCGGCGUGAAGGACAGGAAAAAGGCUGUCAUGGCCGACAUGGCCCUGUCAGCUCUUUGGUCUCUGUUCUGGUUCGUGGGUUUCUAUUUUCUGGCCAAUCAAUGGCAGGUUUCUAAAGAAGAAGAAAACCCUCUGAAUGAAGGAGCCGACGCUGCCAGAGCCACCAUCGUCUUCUCCUUCUUCUCCUUCUUCACCUGGGUGCUGCAGUGUUUGCUGGCCAUCCACAGGUUCAAACUGGGAGCUGAUUCUGUCACAUUCAACCAGGAGUACGUUGACCCCAACCAACAGGAAGCUCUGCAGGAAGCCCUUCCCACUGAGGAGUAGCCCACACACUGAGGAGUAGCCCCACACACUGAGGAGUAGCCCACACACUGAGGAGUAGCCCACACACUGAGGAGUAGCCCCACACACUGAGGAGUAGCCCACACACUGAGGAGUAGCCCACAGUGAGGAGUAGCCCACACACUGAGGAGUAGCCCCACACACUGAGGAGUAGCCCACACACUGAGGAGUAGCCCACACACUGAGGAGUAGCCCACACACUGAGGAGUAGCCCACACACUGAGGAGUAGCCCACAGUGAGGAGUAGCCCACACACUGAGGAGUAGCCCCACACACUGAGGAGUAGCCCACACACUGAGGAGUAGCCCACACACUGAGGAGUAGCCCACAGUGAGGAGUAGCCCACAUACUGAGGAGUAGCCCACACACUGAGGAGUAGCCCACACUGAGGAGUAGCCCACAUACUGAGGAGUAGCCCACACACUGAGGACUCAUCUUCGACUGCAGCAACACGGACACAUAUACUGUUUCUUAAUCCGGAUACUUCGGUAGUACUUACAUGUAGUACACUUACAUGUAGUAGACUUACAAGUAGUACACUUACAUGUAGUAGACUUACAUGUAGUGCACUAACAUGUAGUAGACUUACAUGUAGUGCAGUAACAUGGUGCGUUAGCUCUAUUUUAUUGUGUUGGCUAUAAGUUAGCAGUAUUAGCCUUUAAUGGUGGCUAACGUUAGCUUCAGACAUAGUGAGAAUAAUAUGAGACAGAGCAUCAUCACAAGGUUAUAAACAAUUAUAAAAGAAAGCAGAAAACGAACCGAAGUGUUCAGUUAUUAAUGCUAAGACUCACUCUGUGAGUUAAAUGGUGCUACAGUUUUUAGUGCUAGUAAGAAGCUCAGCUCUGUACAGUCUGUUUCUUUGUUUUGUCUGAUAAUAAAACUAAUCCAUAAAGUC